UAUGUACACAUUGUAAUUAGAUGCAGAUAUAUUUAAUGUGCUUGUAUAUAUGAUUGUACAAACAAAAGAGAAUAUGGAAUUGGAAUAAGAAGAGAAAAAAGUUAUGACGAUGAUGAGAAAGGUUGAGAAGUGAUUCUCCAUGGUUGGCCCAUCGAUAGCUUCCAAGGAUUUAUUCACAUGUUCACAACUGAUGGACCCACAUGAUCAUCUUUCACACAUACUUUUUUGGUCUUCUUCUUCGAUUUUUUAAUAUUAAGUUGGAUCUCACCAAGUGGGGUACAAUUGAAAGACACAGUUAUUUCAGUUAGAAGUGCCGCCAAAGAACAAAAAGAGAAGAGAGAUUGCAACAGUUUUGGGGUAACCCAAUAUUCCAUCUCCCAUGCAACCAAUAUAGUUUUGACACGUGUAAUUAUAUUCCAGACCGACCACUCUUGGAGAAGCAUGGGAUCAUUGAUGAGACCACUUGAUGAAGAAACACGGUUUUGCAUUUUGGGUGGCAAUUAUUUUGAUUGAUUGUUCCGGUUAACUACAUAAUCCCUCCUGGUCAUGUUGUUUUUUUUUUGUUCAUUUUGAUAAUAAUGCUUUUCUUCAAACUUUUUAUCUAUUCAUCAAUUUUGAUAGAGACAUUAAACCUAAUAACUAACAAGAGAAAUGAACAAAUGAAACUUAUAUAUGGCGCUCUUAAAGAAAAGUUCAAUAAAUACACGUUACAAUCAAACGGUAUGUUGAUUAAAUCUAAAUGUAUGUGAACAAAAAUAUCAGAAGGGAGAACUUCUUGUUGUGUGUAUAUAAAGCUAUAAUAUGAAACCUUGAGUUAGCACAUUAUGAGUCAGCCAAAAAAUAGAAAAAUAAAUAGACAAUUAAAAAUAUUAAAACUAAUUCUUAAUAUUAUUUGUUGUUUUGGGAUGGGGACCUUCCUUUUAUUCACUUUUGUCUCUCCUUUUUCAUUUCUUCUGUCUUUUCCCUCUUUAUAUAUAGCCUCACUCUCCAAACCCUCAACGAUUACAAAACAUUUCCAUUCUCUAAUUUUUCUCUCAAGUCUCUAUUCUCUCCGCUCUUUCUUGAAAUUGAUCCAAGAUUCUAUGGCUCCUGUCUCGUUACCUCCAGGUUUCAGAUUUCACCCAACUGAUGAGGAGCUAAUUACUUACUAUCUCAAAAGAAAAAUAAACGGUCUAGAAAUCGAACUUGAAGUUAUCGCUGAAGUUGAUCUCUACAAGUGCGAGCCAUGGGACUUACCAGGGAAAGCUUUGCUUCCAAGCAAAGACCAAGAAUGGUACUUCUUUAGCCCACGGGACCGGAAGUAUCCCAACGGCUCGAGGACAAACCGAGCAACCAAAGGUGGGUAUUGGAAGGCAACGGGCAAGGACCGCCGGGUUAGUUGGAGAGACCGAGCCAUUGGAACCAAGAAGACAUUGGUUUACUACCGUGGACGUGCGCCGCAUGGUAUUAGAACCGGUUGGGUCAUGCAUGAAUAUCGACUCGAUGAAACUCAAUGCGAGCCUUCUGCAUACGGCAUGCAGGACGCAUAUGCACUUUGUCGUGUGUUUAAAAAAAUUGUGAUUGAAGCUAAGCCAAGAGAUCAGCAUCGGUCUUACGUCCACGCGAUGUCGAAUGUGAGUGGCAAUUCGAGUUUUGACGCUUGUUCGGAUCUAGAGAUCAGCUCAACUACUCAUCAAGUUCAAAACGCAUUCCAACCGCGAUUUGGAAACGGACGUUUUAACUCAAACGCAAUGAUCAGUAACGAAGAUUGGUCACAAUACUAUGGUUCUUCUUAUGCACCGUUCCCUACUCCAUAUAAGGUUAAUAAUGAGAUUGAAUGCUCAAUGUUACAACACAAUAUGUCUCUACCACCGUUGCGUGUAGAGAACUCGGCGGUCAGCGAUUGUGAUUUCUUUACGAGUAUGACUCAAAACAACAAUCAUGGCGUUUUGGAGGACUUUACUUUCGCUACAAGUGGCUCCAACCAUUAUAAUAGCGUUGGUGAUCAAGUGAUCCACAUAGGCAAUUAUGAUGAACCACCAUCGAUGAUGUCAAAUCAUCAUAUGAACCAGGGAUAUACCGAAGAGCAGAAGAUCAUAUCUACUUUGGAUGAUACUGAACAAGACCUUGGAUAUCAUGGAGAUAAUACUAAUGACAACAUAAACAUUGAUGAUUUCUUCUCGUUUGAUAUAUAUAACGAGGAAAACAUAAAUCAAGUAGAAGGUAACGAAGAAGAAGUGAAUACAAAUGAAACCCUUGAUUCAUCUCAUUUUGAGGUGGUCGAAGAAGAAACUAGGUUUAACAACCAAAUGCUUAUCUCGACAUAUCAAACAACGAAGAUUCUAUAUCACCAAGUCGUACCUUCUCACACGUUGAAAGUUCAUAUCAAUCCUAUUAAUCAUAAUGUGGAAGAGAGAACAUUGUUCAUUGAAGAGGAGGACAACGAUUCUUGGUUGCAAAGAGCUGAGAAGAUCACCAAGAAAAAACUCACUCUUGUUGGUGUAAUGGCUCAGCAAUGUUACAAGUAUCUUGCGAUUUUCUUUUAAUUUUUUUUAAACUAUUGAUUUAUAUACGCCUUGAAUAAAGUGCGUCUAUAUAUACUAUACACUAACAUACAUGUACAUCUCAUUCUUGUAAUUGAUUACUAUUGGAAAUAUAUAUUAUGUAGUAUAAUUACCAA